AUGGAACUGAACGUUGAAAAGGACUUGGAACCCAUCCACAUCGACUGGAUUGAGGGAGGGGAACAUCAUGUCGAGUAUGACGCACUUGAAGAGCAGAAAGUAAUCAGGAAAUGUGACAUACAUGUCGUGCCAAUUCUCAUGCUUCUGUAUCUUCUUGCGUUCCUAGAUCGCAUCAACAUCGGUAACGCACGUUUGCAGGGGCUCGAAGAUGACCUGAACAUGGAAGGGCCGCAGUACAACUAUGCCCUAGUAAUUUUCUUCGUGCCCUACAUUAUUUGUGAAGUGCCGUGCAAUUUGAUCAUGAAGAAAAUGGCCCCGUCUACUUGGAUCUGCGGAAUCAUGGCGGCAUGGGGAUGUGUCACUAUUGGCCAGGGCUUUGUGAAAAGUUGGGGUGCAUUGAUGGCGUGCCGAUUCCUGAUUGGGUUGUUUGAAGCCGGCUUUCUGCCUGGCUGCGUCUACUUGAUCUCAAUGUACUACAAGCGCUUUGAGCUCCAGUGGCGGUUGACGUUAUUCUUCAGUGCUAGUAUUGUAUCGGGGGCUAUAAGUGGGCUACUGGCCUAUGGACUAUCUUAUAUGGAGGGCAUCCGUGGAUAUUCCUCCUGGCGAUGGAUAUUCAUUCUCGAAGGGCUCGCGACUGUGGUAAUUGCGCUGCUGGCGAAAUUACUCGUUGUGGAUUGGCCGGAAUCUGCACGCUUUUUGAAUGAGCGAGAGCGCACAAUUCUUCUUACGCGCCUGAAGUCCGAAAAUCACUUGUUUCCCAUGGAUCGUCUGAACCGGACCACCAUCCUCCGGAUUUUGACCGAUACGAAAAUCUACCUAGGAAUCGCCAUGUAUCUCGGAGCGUUGAACACAGGAUACGCAGCUUCUUUCUUUAUUCCGUCCAUCCUCCGAGAUAUGGGCUGGACUUCCUUGAUGGCACAGGUCAUGAGCGUUCCGAUCUAUAUCGUGGCAGCCAUCAUAACCUUGUGUACUGCAAUUCUCAGUGAUAAAACGAAGCACCGGUUUGGCUUUGUGCUGUUAGGAUGCAGUUGUGCCACGAUAGGUUAUAGUAUCUUACUUGCACAGCAAACAGUCCCUGUCGGCGUGCAGUACUUUGCACUAUUUGCUGUCACCGGAGGUGGCUUCAUUGCCCAACCUAUCCUCAUAGGAUGGCUGAGUAACAACAUGAGUGGUCACUACAAGCAAGCCAUUGCAUCUGCGAUGCAAAUCGGAUUCGGAAAUUGUGGUGGGUUGUUCGCGAGCAACAUAUUUUUGUCGUCGGAGGCACCAUUCUAUCCAACAGGCUAUGGCACGAGUCUAGCUUUGAUCUGGGUAUGUGGGCUAUCCGCUUUUAUCUUUGUUUCUCUUCUGUGGUGGGAAAACAAGCAAAGAGACCAGGGGGCGCGGGAUGGUAGAUUGGCGCUCGAUCCUGAGGAGGUACAAAACUUAGGAGAUGAUCAUCCUGGGUUCCGUUUUACAUACUAG